CGGGAGGUGUGGACUGCGGAGAAGGGGCUCACGCCCGGCAGCACGUGUUCCUAGUCCCAGAGUAUUUAAAAGAUGCUUCAAAGAAGAUGAAAAGUGGGCUUCUGUUUGUAAAACUGGUUAACCCAUGUUCAGGGGAAGGAGCCAUUUACUUGUUCAAUAUGUGUCUACCGCAGCUGUUUGAAAUAAAAGUUUUCAGAAAAAACCAUUCUUGGUUUAUAAAUGAAUCAGUUCAAUCAAGAGUUCUUCUUCACUUUGCCACACCCAUGGACCCUCUGUUUCUGCUUCUCCACUCCCUUAUAAAGGCUGAUAGAGAGGGAAAGUUUCAGCCCCUGGAUCAAGUUGUGAUGGAUGACAUGUUUCUGAAUUGCAUCUUGUUGCUGAAACUUCCUGAACUUAAGAAGUUACUUCGACAUGUGACAGAGGAGAAAGAAACAGACAAGAAGAAAUAUUACAAGUACAGCAAAAAGAAGACAUUAAAAUGGCUGGAAAAAAAGGUUAAUCAGACUAUGGCAGCAUUAAAAACCAAUAGUGUAAAUGUCGGUGCCCGGGUACAGUCUACUGCAUUUUUCUCUGGUGACCCGGUUUCCAGUGACAAGGAAGAGGAUUGUAUUAAUUAUGCCCAUGGUCUGAUAUCUGAUUACAUCCCUAAAGAACUAAGUGAUGAGUUAUCUAAAUAUUUAAAGCUUCCAGAACCUCCAGCUUCAGUGCCAAACCCUCCAUCAAAGAAAGUAUCAGAUGAGCCCGUAGAAGCAAAAGAAGAUUACACUAAGUUUAACACUAAAGAUUUGAAGACUGUAAAGAAAAAUAGCAAAAUGACUGCAGCUCAGAAGGUUUUGGCUAAAGUUGACAAGAGUGGAAUGAAAAGUAUUGAUUCCUUUUUUGGUGCAAAACAUGUUUAAAAAAAUUGGAAAGAUUUGAAACACUGAAAAUUAAAUCGAGCAAAAAUGUUUGCCUUCUACAUGUCCCAUUUUCAUCCUUCCUCCAUUCCACUGUACUUCCUAACCCUUAAUUACCACCUUUUGAAAAAAAGUAGGAAGGGGGCAAUUUUCAGAUUCACUUGAACAUUUCUUUGUGUUUCAUGUUU